GAAAUACGUGCGCCGUCAAAAAUCAUAUCAAACAAUUCAAAUUUGUGUUUUUUGUUUUUUUAGAAUGUUACAAAAUUUAAAACAGUAAUAAUGCUGCUGCCCUUGAAUGAUUUUGUUCCCUGUCUUCACGCCAACUCUAAAAUAUACCUGCUGAAGCGUCAAAUUGCUGAGAAUGGAACAGAAACACAAUCCCAGCUAUUUCAAGCGUUCCGAUCCGAGGUUGAAUGCACGCGAUAUCUCACCAACGAUGAGCCCGAAUAGGGGAGGAUUGGGGUUCUCGGACAAGGAUACUAAAGAUUACAUUGUGGAAGAGACCCCCCGUCAAAACAAUGCCAAUGAUACUCCAAAACACAAGCCAAAGGGUCUUCGCGGCUUCCGAAAGUUCUUACCAUUUGGCUCUGGAAACAAAUCCACAGUUCAGUCUAGUAAGAAGCGCACGGAUCAAAUAGAAACACCUCUCGAGGACGCUGAUAUACGCAAGCUGAUAAGUCUAUAUUCGACAUACGAGAAUCUGUACAAUCCGAAGAACCCUCAGUAUGGCAAUAAGCAAAUUGAAAAUAUUUACUUUUCAGACAUGGCGCGCUCGUUCCCAAACCAAACAGGUCCAACAAUCCAAGCUUGUCUGGAGGGGCUGCGCCUGUCCUUUGCACGUGAAUACGCCAUCAUUGAGAAUGCGCGUCGUCGGUAUGGCGAAAUUUUGACGCCUUCGAUUAAAUACUACAAUGAGUUUCUGUUUCUGGUGCCCUUUAUCAAUAUUAACUUUGACGACACCAACGAAGCACUGCGAUAUGAACAGCCGAUAGGCCACGAUGGGUCAGCAGCUGGCUGUGGGCCCAGCAAAAUACGCACAUCUGCGAGCAAAGCCUGGAAUCCGAUGGGCUUGAGCUACAUUAAAAAUAAAUACAUUGUUAAUGCUACGCCUGUGUCUGGCAUGCAAUUCUUUGGAACGAAAUCGAAACAUAAAGCGCAACCGGAGACCAUUAGCUUGAACACAAUGUAUGUCAAGCGCUCACGCAAAGGAGAGCAGCCGGUACCGGAACAAUCAGUGCUGGAAGCGCAACAGCAGCCACCGGCGCUAGAGCAGCGGAAACCUCAGCAGCCGCCAGAACAGUCUGGGCAACAGCAGUCGCCGCAGGGCCUGUCGCAGGAACAUCAGUCUGGGCAACAUCAUUCGCAGCAGCGCCUGUCGCAGGAACAACAGCCCGGGCAACAUCAUUCGCCGCAGCGCCUGUCGCAGGAACAACAGCCUGGGAAACAUCAUUCGCCGCAGCGCCUGUCGCAGGAACAACAGCCUGGGAAACAUCAUUCGCCGCAGCGCCUGUCGCAGGAACAACAGCAUGGGCAACAUCAUUCGCCGCAGCGCCUGUCGCAGGAACAACAGCCUGGGCAAAAGCAGACGCCGCAGCGGCUGUCGCAGGAACAACAGCCUGGGCAACAUCAUUCGCCGCAGCGCCUGUCGCAGGAACAACAGCCUGGGCAAAAGCAGACGCCGCAGCGGCUGUCGCAGGGUCAACAGCCUGGGCAACAGCAGACGCCGCAGCGGCUGUCGCAGGAACAACAGCAACAGCGGCAGAGCGAAUCGAGGCCAGUUGAUGCCGAGCAGCAAAAACGAGUUUCGACAACUGAGUCUCAGCGGCAGUCGGCUCAGCUAGAGGAGGACAAUAAAAAACGUGCUUCGCAAGCUGGGCUAGAGAAGAAAGAAACAUGUGAUUGUUCAGGUCAUGAAGAAGUAGCUAAUUCAGGAAGCCUUGAAUGUAAAGGGACCUGUAUUCAAAAUCCGCGCUACAAGUGUAUUGCAGUCAUUAAAGCGCCAGGUCAAGCCGACUUUAGUGAAGAUCCCCGUAUGUCGGGUGUUGAAAAUAACCGCGAGGGUCGAAAUUCGGGGUAUUCGAAUGGCCAAUCUCAAGGAUCUCGGGCAAGUCAAGAAUCACGUAAAUCUCAAGACCAGCGCGGUCUACCGCCCGAAACUUCUAGAGACCAGCAGGUGGCCAUGCUGCUUGACUUAAUACGAGCGGAGCUCGAUUCCGCCCCAGACUUCAUUUUCUUCGAUGCCAAGUGGCGCAUUAUUGAAAUCCUGCGGGAGGUUAACAAACGUCAUAUGAUUCACAAAAAGGGUGAUCCGUCACAAUGUACAUGCGCUCCAUGUGAAUGCGGAAACGUUCCCGAAGCAAAAAAACCCGGACCUUCCCGGCCACUGCCCCACCUUAAAUCCCACGGCUGCCCCUAUUGUUCCGAUCAACGUAGGCGGUAA